AGGAAAAUCGGUGAUUUUUCAGAGUACGAGGAAGAUGUCAGUAAUAUUACCAAAGUAAAAGGACUUCUCUAUAAAUUAACAAAUAUAUUUUAAAAAAACAAAACCGGAAAGUGCCUUCUCACAUUACAAAAAGCGUCUGAAACGUUAUCGUACUCACCAACCAGUCCACUGAUUGCAUUCCCAGUCCCUCUUUUUCUUCCUUUUUCCAUCUCCGGCAGCUCAGCUCACUCCAUUUUCCCACUCAGCUCCAAUGUUACUGAUCAAGUUCUAGGGUUUUACACUUCCAAAUCAUGCUCAACCAUAGCUAGAAAUCACUACUGUUAGGAUUGGCACACUUCCGAAUGGGGAAUUGCUGCAGAUCUCCGGCAGCUGUUGCUAGAGAAGACGUAAAGUCUUCCAACUACUCUGCCAACGAUCAUAACGGGCGUAGAGAAAAGUUCAAUACUAGAACCAAUCAAAAGCCUAUCACUGUUUUAACCGAUGUUAAAAAGGAGAAUAUUGAGGAGAGGUAUUUGGUAGAUAGAGAGUUAGGAAGAGGAGAAUUCGGGAUAACUUACCUAUGUAUAGAUCGUAGUAGGAAGGAACUUUUGGCUUGCAAGUCCAUAUCGAAGCGAAAGUUGAGAACCGCAGUUGAUGUGGAGGAUGUGAGGAGAGAAGUGGCGAUAAUGAAGCAUUUGCCACAGAAUUCAAGUAUUGUGAGUUUUAGAGAAGCGUGUGAAGAUGAAAAUGCGGUUCAUUUAGUGAUGGAAUUAUGCGAAGGCGGUGAGCUGUUUGAUCGGAUUGUAGCGAGGGGACAUUAUACGGAAAGAGCUGCUGCUAAUGUUGUGAGGACGAUUGUGGAGGUUGUGCAGCUUUGUCAUAAGCAUGGAGUGAUUCAUAGAGAUUUGAAGCCGGAGAACUUUUUGUUUGCUAAUAAGAAGGAAAAUUCGCCUCUUAAAGCAAUUGAUUUUGGCUUGUCAAUCUUCUUCAAACCAGGUGAGAAGUUUUCCGAAAUAGUUGGAAGUCCCUAUUAUAUGGCUCCUGAGGUGCUCAAACGAAACUAUGGACCAGAAAUAGAUAUAUGGAGUGCAGGAGUCAUUUUAUAUAUUUUGUUAUGUGGUGUUCCUCCCUUUUGGGCCGAAUCUGAACAAGGUGUUGCCCAAGCCAUUUUACGCGGGGCAAUAGAUUUCAAGCGGGAGCCCUGGCCAAGUAUAUCAGAAGGUGCUAAAGAUCUUGUCAGGCAAAUGUUAGAGCCAGAUCCAAAGCUCCGACUGACUGCAAAGCAAGUACUUGAGCACCCUUGGCUUCAAAAUGCUAAGAAGGCUCCAAAUGUUCCCCUUGGAGAUGUUGUGAAGUCAAGGCUGAAGCAGUUCUCGUUGAUGAAUAGGUUUAAGAGGAAAGCUCUGAGGGUGAUUGCUGAUUUCUUGUCCAGUGAAGAGGUCGAGGACCUCAAAGAAAUGUUUAACAAGAUAGACACUGAUAAUGAUGGCGUUGUUUCAGUCGAAGAACUUAAAGCAGGGCUUCAAAAGCUCAACUCCCAGCUGGCAGAAUCUGAAGUACAGAUGCUUAUUGAAGCCAUUGAUACUAAUGGCAAAGGGACCCUGGAUUAUGGGGAAUUUAUAGCCGUUUCACUCCAUCUUCAAAGGAUGGCUAACGAUGAACAUUUGCACAAAGCUUUCUCCUAUUUUGACAAGGAUGGAAAUGGUUACAUUGAGCCGGAUGAGCUUCGGGAUGCCUUGAUGGAGGAUGGAGUGGAUGACUGCACCAAUGUGGCGAAUGACAUUUUCCAGGAGGUUGAUACAGACAAGGAUGGGCGCAUCAGCUUUGAAGAAUUUGCAGCCAUGAUGAAAACUGGGACAGAUUGGAGAAAGGCAUCUCGACAUUAUUCAAGAGGUAGAUUCAAUAGUCUCAGUGUGAAGCUAAUGAAGGAUGGUUCACUUAACUUGGGGAAUGAGUAAGGUUUACAUAUUCAUCAAAAUCCAGUUUUGCAUCAAUGUAUCUUUGAUCUGAUGCCAUUGUUUGUGGGGUUUCCAUGAGAUUGCUGGCUUGCCAGUAUUCCGAAGGGGCGACUUCAUCUGGGUAACCUUUAUAACCAUUUGAAACACACAAUGUAUCUUAUCCUUCUCCCGUUAGUUUUUUCCUGUUCCAAAUUUUUGUACAAAAAGUAUUUUCUUGUUUCUCUGUCAUCUGUGCCUAUUAUUAGGAUUGACAUGGAGCUAACAUACAUGGACUAUGCUAGUUCAAAUGACUUUUCUUUAUUUUUUUUCUCCAAUCCUCAUUUUCCUAGAUGAUUUGUAUGUACCAUCGCCGUUUAAAGCAGGCGAAAAGGAAUCGUUUAUGUAAAAGAGCGCUUCUGUAAUUUGAUAUUUUUCACAGAAAACUGUGGCCUUCUUUUCUUGUCU